ACUUUAAGUGAUCACCUCUAGAAGCAACAACACAAUAACUAUGAAACACCUAAACAAUCUAAUACUAAUUUUGAAUAAUAAAAACAAAUGGCUUGUUCAUACUCAUGAUUCACUCUUUUGAGUUAGCUAGUGCCCAUCAUUGUUAUAGUCUAGCACUGCUUUAAGACAAACCUGCUAGUCGUCCCGAAACUCGACAUUUUUAUUCAAUUUUAUUACUAGUAUAUAAAAUGUCACCCACAAGUCAUUUCAACUCUUCUACAUCACCCAGAUUAUAAGCUUAGUUCAUGAGCUCUGGUUGUUUUCUGUAAUCAUCUUCUAUUUUACUUCAGAUAAAUGGGAUCCACGGAGCGAUCAAAGAAGCGGAUUCAUCUAUGGAAGAAAGCUGUUUUGCAUUUCUUGCUAUGUUUUGUGAUGGGGUUCUUCACGGGUUUUGCUCCUACUGGUAAACCUCCAUUUACUAGUCUCAAGUCAACAGCAGACAUACAUCAUAACGAGUCCAUUGAGCUGGCACCAAGGCCUAUGCUGGGUGUAGCAGGCAACAACACUUCCGCUAACAGAAGCCUAUCAGAAACUCCAGACAGUGCAAUGGAGGAUGCAAAUUUGGUCGACGAAAGAGAAAGUGAAAGUGAUAAAUUGAAUCCAAGGAAACAAAUCAUUGUUAUUACUCCUACAAAUGAUAAGGAUCCUCUAAGAGGAGUUUUGUUAAGCAGGAUGGCAAAUACUCUAAAACUGGUGCCUCCGCCACUGCUGUGGAUUGUUGUGGAGUCACAGCUGGAGUCUUCUGAUGUAUCAGAUAUACUCAGGCGUACGGGGGUAAUGUAUAGACACUUGGUGUUUAAGGAGAAUUUUACAGAUCAUAGAACUGAAAUGGAUCACCAGAGAAACCUAGCACUAAAGCAUAUCGAGCAUCAUCGGUUAAGUGGAAUUGUUCAUUUUGCAGGCCUCUCAAAUGCAUAUGAUCUCAGCUUCUUUGAUGAAAUUCGAGCUAUUGGGACAUUUGGGUCAUGGCCCCUUGCAAAACUUUCAGCAAGCAGAAAGAAGAUGAUAAUUGAAGGGCCAGUCUGCCAAUCUUCCCAAGUCGUCGGUUGGCAUCUGAAGAGCUUAAAAAUGGAUGCAGAGGAAUUGGCCAUUCACAUUUCCAGUUUCGGAUUCAAUAGCUCCAUCCUAUGGGAUCCUGAACGAUGGGGUUAUCUGCCUUUCGCAGAUGCCACCAAACAGAAUUCACUCAAAUUUGUCAAAGAAGCAGUUCUUGAAGAUGAGAGCAAAAUAAAGGGAGUACCCUCGGGAGAUUGCUCCAAAGUAAACAUCUGGCAACUGCAUCUUUCCUCCAAAAUUGUACAAGUAAAUCAUGUUCCAGAUUCUACAUUGGACGGAAAGCGAAGAUAAUGAACCAAGGCAGCAGGGGAUUUCACUAUUCAUUCUUAUGCUUUUCCUCUUUAUAAAUGUGUCUUCUGAUAUAAACCUUGUAUAAUUGGUUUCAGUACAUUUUUUGUAACCAGCUAUUCGACAAAUGAAAUUCGGCUUAGCAAUGUAAUUUACAGACCAAAACCAUAAUGGAAUUAGAUGGUACAGAACUUUUACUGGA